GAGAGACAAAAUUUAACAUGACCUGAGUUAGGGUUUUAUUUUUGUUUCCCACACCGCGAGUGCCUCCGCGUUCCGUCGCAUCUAUAGUUGGGCGAGGAGUACCGGAGGUGGGAGGCAACGACGGGGCUGCUCGCCGAACCGCAUCUUUGAAGGACUUGAACACAAGCAUUGAAGGAAUGGUUUUUAUCAUCCAAUUGCAGCAUAGAGUUUACCGAAUCUGAAGCUUGUGUUUGGUGAAGCUCUUUUUAUGGCGACAGCUGAUGCCGCCCCUGGUUCACUGGGUCCGCAGUAUGCACCUGAUGAUCCAACACUUCCAAAGCCAUGGAAAGGUUUAAUCGAUGGGAACACUGGCUUCUUAUACUACUGGAACCCAGAAAAUAACAUUACACAAUAUGAGAAACCAGAAGCAUCAGUCCCUCCCCCAUCAAACUCCUUGCCUAAGCUUGCUCCUAUUCCCAUGGCUAGUAAUUUUCCUCCCAAUGUCACUAGCUCACAUCAACCCUCCCAGCAGAUUUCUCAGGAAUCUUUGCAUCAAACGCAACCACAACAACAGCCUAGCCAGCCAUUAUUUCAGCAGCAGGGCCAGUUAACUGAGUCACCACAGCAACGGCAACAACCACCACCAAGUCAGCAUCUCCAACUUCAGCAUCCUAGUGGUCAGCAAGUGCUACUUCAGAAUACCCAAAUGCCAGUUCAUCAGUCACAUCAGUUGCCAAAUCAACAGACGGCACCACAAGCACCUCAACAGUAUAUGCCAAUUCAUCAACAGGAUGGCCUACAUCAGCAUGUUCCUUAUCUUCAAGGGUCUCUGGUGCAACCACCCCAGAUUCAGCAACAACAUGGGUUUCAGUUUUCUAACCAACAGGUGCAACAAUCACAAGGACCAUAUCAGCAGGGGCAACAACCACAAGGUCCACAAGGGGUGCAAAUCCCAAAUCAACAACAGCAGGGUCAGCAGACACUUGGGUCACAGACUCCACUUUCACAUGGAUAUCAGGUUUUGCAUCAGGAGACCCAGCAUACUUUACAAGCUGGACAACAACAAGGUCAACAGUCACAGGGCCUUCAGAGUGGAAACCAGCAGGUCCAGCAGUCACAAGGACAACAACCAAGGUUUCCUUGGAUGGAAGAUGCAUUGCAUCAAGAGGGAAAACUAGGCACACUUCCCUCACCUGGUGUUGCAUCAGCUGGUCAUCACCUGCCAGAUUUGGUUCCUCAGGUUGGUAUUCCACCUGGGGCUGGCCGCACUUCUCAGUCGCCUAAUCAGUUUGGUGGACCUAGUACGCAAAAUGCUUCACCUUUUCAGGCAUGGAAUACAGGGAUAGAAGCAAAUUUUGGGAUUCAACAGCAGAGAGGCACUGCAGUUCCAAAUCCAUCAUCUAAUCCAAUUGUUCGACCUCCAGUUGGUGGAAAGACUACGUAUGGAGGGACUCAAAAUGAAAUUCCAGGAAAUGAAUUUUAUCCACCUGCGAAAAUGGAAAGAUCAAUGAUGUACCCACAUCAGCCAAGGCUUGCUGCCCUUCCCAUCCCACAAAACCAAUCAGAUCCAGGUUUCCGUUCUCACUUUGAUGCACCAGAUCUCUCAGGUGGAAUAGGUGUUGGUCCACAGAAUACACCACCUAAUAUGCAUGGUCAUGCUGCCUUCCAUAAUCCAAGUGUAUCAAGGCCAUCACCAGGAAUGAUGGGCUCAUCAGAUUUUCACAAUAUUUCUGCCGCCGAUGCAUACAAGCAGCACCAUGAAGUUACUGCAAUGGGAAAUGAUGUUCCUCUACCAUUCAUGACAUUUGAGGCCACUGGUUUCCCUCCAGAGAUUCUCAGAGAGAUGCAUCUGGCUGGAUUUUCAACUCCAACACCAAUACAAGCACAAACAUGGCCUGUUGCAUUACAGAACAGGGAUAUUGUUGCAAUUGCCAAAACUGGUUCGGGCAAGACACUAGGCUAUCUUAUACCUGCAUUCAUUCAUCUUAGACGCUGCCAAAAUAAUCCUCAAUUUGGACCAACUGUAUUAGUUUUGGCUCCAACUCGGGAACUUGCUUCUCAAAUACAAGAUGAGGCUUUUAAAUUUGGACGCUCAUCAAGAAUUUCUUGUACAUGCUUAUAUGGAGGAGCUCCAAAAGGUCCUCAACUGAAAGAGAUUGAACGAGGAGCAGAUAUCGUAAUUGCAACUCCAGGCCGCCUCAACGAUUUCCUUGAGAUGAAGAAAAUCAGUUUCCGUCAAGUUUCCUUUCUGGUCCUUGAUGAAGCUGACCGCAUGCUGGAUAUGGGUUUUGAACCACAAAUUAGGAAGAUUGUUAAUGAGAUCCCUCCUCACAGGCAAACUCUCAUGUAUACAGCAACUUGGCCAAAGGAAGUGAGAAAAAUAGCCAAUGAUUUGUUGAAGAAUCCAGUUCAGGUGAAUAUUGGCAAUGUCAAUGAGCUUGUUGCUAAUAAGUCAAUCACUCAGCAUAUAGAGGUUGUUACACCAAUGGAUAAAUCAAGGCGCUUGGAACAGAUUCUUAGAACUCAAGAGCGUGGAUCUAAGGUCAUUAUAUUCUGUUCCACAAAGAGGCAGUGUGAUCAGUUGGCUCGCAGUCUAGGGCGAACCUUCGGUGCAGCUUCCAUUCAUGGCGACAAAUCUCAAAGUGAAAGGGAUCAUGUUCUAUUCCAAUUCCGCUCUGGCAGGGCUCCAGUUCUUGUUGCCACUGAUGUUGCCGCCAGGGGACUUGAUAUCAAAGACAUCAGGAUAGUUAUCAAUUUUGACUUUCCUACUGGGAUUGAGGACUAUGUUCAUAGGAUUGGAAGAACUGGGAGGGCUGGUGCUACAGGAGUAGCAUACACAUUCUUUACUGACCAAGAUUGGAAACAUGCUGUUGAUCUUGUAAAAGUACUUGAAGGUUCAAACCAGCGAGUUCCUCCUGAGAUUCGUGAGAUGGCUGGUCGUGGUGGUCCACCCCUGUCCAGGCCUCGUAAUGAACCCAAUCGAUGGGAUUCGGGUGGAGGCAAUGGUGGCGGCGCUGGUAGGUGGAAUGCUAGAGGAGGCCGUGGCGGCGGCAUGAGGGAUGGUCCCAGUGGCUUUGCUGGACGAGGCGGUGGCAUGAGGGAUGGACCUGGUGGUGGCAUGAGGGAUGGUCCUGGUGGCUUCGGUGGGCCUGCUGGCUUUGGCGGGCGUGGUGGCAGGCAAGAUUUCUUUGGUGGUCGUGCACCUAGAGGUCGUGGGUUUGGUGGACCAGGUGGACCUGGAGGUCGUGGUCGACAUGAUUGGAGUCCACAUGACCGAAGCAUAAAUUCAGAUGGAAGAAAGCGAUAUGAUGGCCGCAGGGGAUUUGGAGAAAGGGGCAGGGAGAGAAGUUAUAGUCGUAGUCCAGAGAUGGUUCGGACAUGGGGUUAUGAUAGAAGCAGAGGUAGAAGUGGGAGCAGGAGUCAGAGUCGCAGUCGUAGUCGCAGUCGCAGUUGGAGCCGUAGUCGGAGUUGGUCAUCGAGAAGCAGGAGCCGAAGUAGGAGCAGGAGUCGUGAGAGGGUUAAGAGGCCUAGUGGGUGGGACUCUACACCUGCUCCUUGUCUCAUUGCAACACCCGUUGCAGCAGUAGCAGAAGCUCCACAGGUUGUGGAGGGGCAUGGACCUUCACUAGUUGCAGGGCAUGAGCUCAAUGUACUGGCUUCAGGCCCUGUGUUGGCAACGUCACCAGGCUAUGGUAAUGGAUCUUUGUCGAGAAACGAGCUGCAGGAGCAAUUUCCACGACCUGACGGCGGGAGCCCCAGGGAUGCCGAGCACCUAAACUAGUACUUAAGAGUUGGCAACAGGGCGAUGACUGAUUGAACUUUGAACGUAUUGUGGCUGGUUGAUUCCCGUUGGGUUUCCUGCGGUUUAUUUUUAUUGCUACUGGAAAAAUGCGCUUGUAUACCAAAAGUCAGAUUUCCAUUGGAUUAGUGGAGGGAUCCUAGUGGCAUUUUUGACGUCCGAAAUGUAAGAUUGCAUGUGUCGUUUUUUCUUUUCAAGGUAUAAGCUGUUUUUAGCUGAUUAUUGUUGAACACCCAGCUAGGGGUUUUCUUCCGAUGGCUUUUUAUUAAUUCCUGCGGCCAUAUGUUUUUCAAUCAUAAAUUAUUUGUACCUGGGGAUUUGCAGCAGUGAAAAUUUCAAGCGAGUCAA